AUGGGUACAGUUUUGUCCCUUGGUAACCGUUUUCUAAAAUAUUUAUUACAUCAGGUUGAGGGUACAAUCACCGAAAAUCCCAACAUUGAAGAAACGCUUCGUUACAACAUUAGUCAUCAAUUGGAACGCUUGGUCACCCAGUUAUCAAACAUUCCCACGAAGGAUGAUUUUGCCGCUUUGCAAGCUAGACUGUCUACGUUAAACGAGACAUGCAAAGCUGCAGUGGAGCUUAAAGUAGCUCAGGCCGCUGUUCUGGGAGAAAUCAGACCAACAAGUUCAAGUAUGUCUCAAAACAUUAGCGCCCACUUGGCAGAGUCUGAGUCCAGCAAACCUAAACUCAUCUGUGACAGGGAUUGGGUCGUGAUUCAGCGAAGAGGUACUCAAAUCCCACUAGGAGAGGACAGAACCAAUUUCGAGAGGAUUUGGAAACUCUAUGCAAACGGAUUCGGCACUUUCGAUGAGGAUUUUUGGCUUGGUUUAGGGACAAUGUUUUUCCUCGGGGUGGAAGGAUAUACGCAGUUACGAGUGGAUCUCGAGGACUGGGAUGGGGACAAGAAGUAUUCGGUGUAUGACAUGUUCAAAGUCGCCAGUGCACAAGAUAAUUACAUCUUGACGGUGGGCGGAUACUGGGGAACGGCAGACCCCGAUGCGAUAGACUACUUAAAGGAAUUCUCUUAUAAUCGUGGAGAGUUCUAUGGUACAAUUGUCCUCUUGACCGUGGCAAAUUCGUGA